AUGUUACAGUGCUCAAUGAAAAUGGUUCAUGUUGGUGUUUUGUUCAGCUUGUGUUUGUGGCAACGGUUUGGAGUGUUUGCUGGUACAGAUGCAGUGAAGUCAGUGUCAGUGAUGGAGGGAGAUUCAGUCUCUCUAAACUCUGAUCUCACUGAAAUGAUGGGUGAAGAUGUGAUUCUGUGGAGGUUUGGAGAUGAAAACACUUUAAUAGCUGAAAUCGAUGUACUGGACGACAGCAUGACUGUAUAUGAUGAUGAUCCUGAUGGGAGAUUCAGAGACAGACUGAAGCUGGAUCAUCAAACUGGAUCUCUGACCAUCACACACACCACAACUGAACACACUGGAGUUUAUCUACUAGAGAUUAUCAGAAAUCUGAGCAAGAUUUUCAAUCUCACUGUCUAUUCUCGUCUGCCUGUUCCUGUCAUCAUCAGUGACUCUUCACACUGUUCUUCAUCUUCAUCAUCAUCAAAUUGUUCAUUGGUGUGUUCAUCAGUGUUGAGCGUGUGUGAUGCGACUCUCUCCUGGUACGCAGGAAUGAGUGUAUUGUCCAGCAUCAGUGUGUGUGAUCUCAGCAUCAGUCUCUCUCUACCUCUGGAGGUGGAAUAUCAGGAUAAAAACACCUACAGCUGUGUGCUGAACAAUCCCAUCAGCAACCAGACCACACAUCUGGACAUCAACACACUCUGUCACACAUGUGCAGAAGUCCACUGCUGUGGAUCUACUGAAGCUGUGAUCCGAUUGGUCCUCUCUGCUGUGGUGGGCGUGGCUGCUGUCAUUCUUCUGGUUUAUGACAUCAGAUCCACAAGAGGAGGAGACUAAUGGAAGAUCAGUUGAAGAAUCAACAGCUGUGACCCUUA